AUGAGUGUGCUGAAGUUCACCCUCACCUUCCAGAAGCGGGUCCGCUUGGCCCAGGGCCUGUGGCUGUUGUCAUGGAUAGCCGUGUUAUCUGGGGUGAUGGUGUUCUCCAUGGGAGUUUUCCUCAAGACGGAACUGAUGCGAAGAGCUGAGGUGAUGUAUACCCACGACAUCCACAUAGUGCCCAACCUGCUGAUCGUGGUAGGGCUGGCGUCAGUGGGCAUCAACUUGUGGGCGGGGCGCAUCUGCCAGGACUCGAUGGACCUGGAGCGCUUCGCCCGCUGGAAGACCAUCUUUGUGCCCUACUUCAGCGGCUCCCUGUUCAUCACCUCCAUGCUACUGGUGGCCAUGGCCCUCAGCUACAUCCUGCAGCCCAAUCUGGAGGAGUCGCUGAAGGUCGGCCUGAAGAACGGCAUCCGCUUCUACAAGGACACUGACACCCCAGGCCGGUGUUACCAGAAGCAGACCAUUGACCGGCUGCAGCUGGAGUUCAAGUGCUGUGGAAACAACAACUUCAAGGACUGGUUUGAGGUCCAGUGGAUCAACAGCCGCUACCUGGAUUUCAAUGACCCAGACAUCAGAGAUCGCAUUCACAGCAACAUCGAUGGCCGUUUCCUGAUGGACGCCGUGCCAUUCAGCUGCUGUAAUCCGGGCUCCCCGCGGCCCUGCAUCCAGGACAACCUGCGCGACAACAUGGCCCACAUCAACUACGACUACCACAAUGAGAAGUUGAACCUGUUCAGGCAGGGCUGUCGCGAGGCACUGGUCAGCUACUACAUGGGCCUCAUGAACACCAUCGGCCCCGGGGUGCUGUCUGUCUUCAUGCUGCAGAUGUCAGUGCUGCUGAGCCUGCGGUUCUUGCAGACGUCCAUGAUGAGCGUGGAGGACGAGGAGAGCAUGGAGUUGGACACGGAGGGCUACCUGCUGGAGAAGAGCCUGAAGGAGACCUUUGAGGACAUGCUGCAGAUCCUCAAGAAGAAGCUGAAGCUGCCCACGGCACAGGUGGAGGAGGACACAACCUCCGCAGGAGGAGAAGAGGCCACAGAGGGAGAGGCGUCCAGCUAA